AUGUCGCAAAAUCAAAACAAACAACACUUACAACAACAUCAACAACAACUUGAGCAUCACCAGCUACAACAACAGCAGCAGCAUCACCAUCACCAACAGCAGCUUUUACACCACCACCAUCAGCAGCAGCAGCAGCAACACCAACAGCGGCAAUGGGGUGGUAAUGGCAUGCCCGGCAUGUUUGGUAAUGGGCUCGGUAGGGGUGGGUGUUUAUAUGAAGCGAACAGUGGUAGUCUCGUUAGUGGCAGCAGAGGCGUCGGCGUUGGCGUUGGCGGUUUUGACCUUGAUAUGGCUAGCCGACAUGUGGGUAGUGGAAAUGCCUCGUCGAUUGCGCCCACCUCUGUUGUAGCUCCAGUUGUUAGUAUGUCCGUUACUAGUGCGGUAGGGGGUGGUUUUAUGCCGACGCAUGUCAAUGUUUCUUCUGUCGCCGGUGGCGCCUACAAUGCCGGUAUGUCUGGCAUAUCUGUUGCUAGUGAAAGUGGAAGAAGAUCUAGUGCGGGUGGUUGUGCAUACACACAACAGCCGCAACAGGCGCAGCCACGACAACAACAACAACAGCAACCACUCUCUCAGCAGCAACAUCAACUUCGUCAGCAACCACAACAGCAACAACAGCAUGCCAUUUUGCCACCAGAAAGAAUUAAAAUGGAGCCACUAGAACAAAUACUCACUCCAACUAUACAAAUGGAAGAAUUGAUAAUAAAAAGUAAGUAA